UUACUAGAUACAUAACUUUCACAGUAGCCCUACGUAUCGAUCCUGUUUAUUUACCCAAGUUCUUUUUGUUGGACGAAGUAUAGUUGCACGUUUGAAACGUUAUAGAAAGAUUAAUGGAUUUGGUUACUUUUUCCACGGAUGGUUGGAAUCCGUGUCAUUGGGAAAAUACAUAAUAUUUUGGUUAUGUUUUCAAAAGAGUAGAGGGAUGGUGGUUUUUGCAUACAAACUCACAUUUAGCAGAUUUCCAGCACCAAUUGAGAGUAUAAAAUCUAUAUGACCUAAAAAUGGCAGAGAAUCAAGAACAUGUAUCGGAAGAAACGGCGAAACCAAUAUUUCGUAAUCUAACGGCAGACGAUCCCGAACCAGAGGCAACGGAAAUAGAAAGUCUUUGCGUGAAUUGUGGAAAAAAUGGUAUCACUAGGUUACUACUAACAAAGAUUCCACAUUACAAAGAUAUUGUGGUAAUGUCCUUUGAUUGUGACCAUUGUGGCUAUCAAAAUAAUGAAAUACAAAAUAGUGGAAAAAUUGCUGACAAAGGAAUUAGGAUAACAUUACAAAUUACAAUUCCCAGAGAUUUGAAUCGCCAAGUCAUUAAAUCUGAUUACACCAGAGUACAAAUACCAUCUUUGGACUUUGAAAUUCCUUCUAGAUCACAGAAAGGAGAAAUAACAACGAUUGAAGGUAUAAUAGAAAGAACUAUUAAUGAUUUGGAACAAGACCAACCGGAAAGAAGGGAAAAAUACCCAAGUUCUGCUGCUCAAAUUGAUCGGUUCCUUGAGAAAUUAAGAAACCUUAAAUCUUUGAAUGAAUCUUUCACUAUAAUAUUUGAGGACAUAUCAGGAGAAAUUCAUGUAGAAAAUCCAAAUGCUCCAUUGAAAGAUCAAGGAUGUACUGUAACAAGAUUUAAGAGAACCACUGAACAAGAUCAUAUUCUUGGAAUUUAUUCUGAAGAUUCAAAUGUUUUAUUGAAACCUAUACAAGAAGGAGAAUACCCAUUGGAGGAAAUUGAGGGUGAAGUUCUUUCUUUCCCAACAAAUUGCCCGGAAUGUAAUUGUCCAUGUGAAACUAACAUGAAAAUGACCAAUAUUCCAUACUUCAAAGAAGUAGUAAUUAUGGCAACAGUUUGCGAAAUAUGUGGUCACAAAACAAAUGAAGUUAAAAGCGGCGGAGGCAUCGAACCGGAAGGAGUAAAGAUCGAAGUUACCAUUGUUGGAAAAGAGGACUUCAGUCGCGAUUUACUGAAAUCCGAAACUUGUUAUAUGCAAGUACCUGAAUUGGAAUUAGAAAUUGGUCCUGCUACUUUGGGUGGACGAUUUACUACCAUAGAAGGCAUUUUAAUGGCGAUUAAAGAUCAAUUGUCAACGUCCACGGCCUUUACUGGCGACAGUACUUUUCCCGAAACUGUUAAGAGAAUGGAAACUUUAAUAUCCGAAUUGAGCGAGGUAUUGGAAGGUAAACGAAAAGUAACGUUGAUAUUAGAUGAUCCAGCAGGUAAUAGCUAUAUACAGAGUCUUUCUGACAAUGGACUCGACAGUGGUUUAAAGAUUACCAAAUACGAAAGAACGUUUGAACAGAAUGAAGAACUUGGAUUGAAUGAUAUGAAAGUUGAAAACUAUUAAUCAUUCGUCUAGAAAUGAACCUGUCAGUAAUGUUCAUAUAAUG